ACAAAUCAAGGCUGUAUAUUGAAAUUUUGGAACAUGUUGACAGAUAAAUUUGAACGGAAGUAUUGUUAAAUUUGGUUGCGUGCGCCCAGCAAAAUGCGCAAAAAUGUUAGCCCAGGUGGAGCAAGGAGUAGCAGCCCGAUGUGGUACACUGCGGCAGCGGAGUAUGCACAGAAAUUGCGUAUGUCCAAUCCGAUGGGCCCCAGGUUUAGUCAGUCGGCGGGCAACAGCCGGGCUCCAAUGAGGGGCUUUAGUGGGCAGGGAAACAGAUUGCUUCCGGCACAGAACUCUAGUGGGCCUUCGCAAAAUAGAGCCAGGGGCUUGGAGAGCAGAAGUAACUCCAUUAAACGGCGUCGUCCGCGUAACUCAACGAGAAAUGAAUUUUUGGCAACGCCGUCCAGUAUCCGAACGACCACCCGCUCAGCUUCGCCUCACGUGGUCGAUAUGCAGAUACCACUUCACAACCUGACGGAUCCUUGGCACAAGAAUAAUACCAAGGUAACAACAAUGAUGGAGGCUCGGAACAGCUAUGACUUUGCUGCCAAUUCCGAUGAGGACAACGAAGACAACGAGACCAAAGAGGGAAAUUAUACUGUGCGUACGCGGAUGUUAAAAGGCAAAGGAUCCAAGCAUUUUCUACAAACCAAUAUGUCACCACUUAUUAUGGUGGAGCCAAAUCCAAAGAGCAGUUCGCCUUCAAAAACAUCACAUGUCCGAAGGAAACAUCGCACUUCCACCUCCCAAUUGCCAGAUACCAGAAGUAGUACCAAUCCGGCGAACAUUGAACAGCAGCAGGCGCCAGCUGUAAGCGAUCCUGUGGUGCAAGACGAUGUCGGAGCAGCUGCUGCUGUUGACGUGAGAGAGGGCGGGACAAACGAAGAAGCAGCUGAAAAUACAGCGACGAAGAAUAACGAUUUGGAUGGCAAGCCAUCGAGAUGCGAUUGCCCAACCUUUCGUGGCGAAUAUCCAUUGCGUCGUUGCUCCGACGGCAAUGUUAAUGAUGUGGUGAGUCCGGGCCGAGAUGAUGACUGUGAGAACUUGGUUACGGCCUGUGAGGUAACAGAGGCGCACUAUAUAAGCUAUGACUGUGAUGAGCUGAACUCGGCGGUCGGAAAUGAUUUGGAUUUGCAAUCUCAUCAGAGCAACUUCUGGAAUGCCGCACCACAAUAUUAUCUGCCGGCAUUCAUCUCGCCGGGUCAACUGGGAAAAACAGCUUGCAUGGAGAAGAAACAGUCGACAAAAUGCGCUGCCAAAAAAACCUGCGCUUGUCAGCAGCCGCAGCAAGGAAACCGAAUGAAUCGAAAUAAUUGUACCUAUAACAAUCGUGGCAUUACCUGGAACAGGCCGCCCUGCCGGCAACAGCAAAACCAUGGCUAUCCGGGCCAACAGAUGCACCCCAACUCCUGCUAUAGCAUGUGCAGUCAUCAUCAGCCAAUGCAAGUGCCCGUCCGGAUAUCGACACAUUCCUGCCAAAGCGGUCUAACCGAGCUGUUGGCCCAGCAGCUGCAGAACCAGAUGCAGCAGGCGCAGGUCCAAAUCGCCCAGGUUCAAAUGCAAUUGAGCAAUGUCUGCGGCUCGUCCAAAUUGCAGCACACGCCGGCUCUGCCCCAUAAUCUAACAGGCUGUGCGUUGAGCAAUGAUUCAUCGCGGGAGAUCACAGGCGAUCCGGAGCCGUGCUCGGAUGCGGACACAGAGAACGAUGCUGCCUUGCCAGCGGACGUCGAGGAGACACAGCAAAGACGUUCGGUACAGUUUCCGGCAAAAGAUAAUGCCUUAGCCCCCGUGGCAAAUGCGAAUGGGACAACCGAACAGCAGCCGUUGAUGGUGUCUCCGACAUCGCCAGCACCACUGAUGAGCCUUGGAAUGUAUACAACCAUGCCCGAUGCACAGAACCAACAACGCUAUCCACAGCAACAGCAACAGCAACAAUAUUCAAUGCAGUUGCCACUACAACAAUAUCUAAUGCAGCAGCCGCAGCAGCAGCAGCAGCCGCAGCAGCAGCAGCCGCAACAUAUGCAUUCACUACAGUUUCCGGGGAAUUGUUAUCGACAGCCCUGUUGCCGGCAGCGCUAUGCCCAGAUGCGCUUCAUGAUGCCGCGCUGCUGGCAGGGCCACUAGAGAGUAUCCUCCGCAGAGUAUUUAUUGGCUUUACCCAAAGGAGUUCGUAAGGUAACGUGCCAUGUACAGUGAAACAAGGAGUGCACAACAGCGACCUUAUGUAUAAUGUACGGUACAUUACAAACUCGGUUUAUCUAUGGAGAGUUUUAACCAGAGUUGAGCUAAAUCCAAUUUGGUCAAUGCUUCCGUUUCAAGUUAUAAUAGUUGCAUUUUAUUAUAUUAUAUAUAAGUAUAUAUGUAUUAUCAAAAUUGUCAAAACAUUAAUAUGAUAAGCUCUCAGAAAA